CAGGAUGAAGGUCUGUCUGAUCUGCCUCUUCUUCCUCACUCUGCAAGACGGAGACGCUGCAAAAACCUAUACAAGAAUGGAAGGAGAAGACAUCACAGUCGAAUGUUUAUUUACAGAGUCCAAAAACCCGAUUAUCUUCUGUAAGAAAAACUGUGAAGGAGAAAAUAUUCUGAUUAACACAACAGAAAACCCAGCUCAGGAGGGCAGAUACAAAACUUUCUAUGACUCAGAUUAUGCUGCAGGUGUUCUCUAUGUGAGCAUCUUAGAGCUGAAACGAUCUGAUUCUGGACGGUACCAAUGUGGUUUGGGUAAAAACCAAUCUCAAUAUCAGGACUUUUAUCUGGAUGUGACUGAAGGUGAAACUGAUCCGCUGCUCUAUGUGGGUCUGAGUCUGGCCGUCCUGAUCAUCUUGUCAGCGACGGCUCUGCUGAUUUACUGCCAGAGGAAAAACCUCCAUCAUCAGAAAGGUCGUCCAGUGGAAACAAAUCCCACCGACUUAACGAUCAACGCCAUUUAUGAGGAGAUCAGAGACGACGACAGAGAGAACAAACCUCCUGCUGGGGAAAUAUCUUCAGUUUACGCUUACGCCCAAUCCAACAAACCAAACGCAGCUGAAAGCAACGAAUUAUACAGUCUGGCCGGAAAACCGCAGGGUCAAGCUGAAAAUGGAGAAGCAGAGUAUUCUGAAGUGCAGUUGUUGAGUGAUGACACCGGAUCCAACGGCGGCCAUCUUGGUGUUUCAGAUAACGUCACCUACUCAGAACCUCAGUUAGAUAUGAGCUCUGUUAGCCAUGACAACAUUUCACCUGGUCUUUAUUCCACCAUUACUUUGGAUCAAGAUGCUAAAGACUCGGCGACAGAGACGUGACCAAAAUCAGUCCACAUGGGAGCCACUCAUUUAUUACAGCAGGAAAUGAGAGAUUAGACCUGAAAUCUGGAUGUAGUGAUGGACUGAACCUUCCAAAACAUGUAAAGACAGUUGAAAAGUUGGUCUUUUAUACCCGGGAGAAUAUUAGCAGGACGGAAGGACUAAAAUCUCAACAUUCAUUCAUCCAUAUGUCGCAUUGAUUAAUGUAAUAGUAUCCACAGGUCUGCCUAAAAUAAUCAAUCAAAUCCAGAACCGCUGCUGCCGUUCAGCUCAUGUGAUGCUUCAGCUGCAGCUCUGCCAAAUGACACGGCAUGUUGUCAAAGUAAACAGAUAAUUAGAUAAAAACCCAAAACGUCAGCUUUAAGUAGAAAUGAGUUGAAAUGCAAAACAAUGAAUGAAAGACAAAUAUUUGAUAAAUAUGUCUGUUUACAGUGUUUCAGCUCUGGAGGAAGAAUAAAAAAUAAACUAAACAAAACAUUGGAGACUUUAGUAUAGACACAGAAAACACAGGAGAGAAUGAAGAAUAAAAGAGAAAAGAAAUCAGAAUAGAGGAGAGAAAAAGUAAAUCAUCUGCUGAACUUAAAUCUGAAACAAUCAAAGGUCAAAGUGCAGAUGAAGAACAUUUAGUCUCAUGUUUUCACAAGAAAAUGACCAAAAAUCAAACUUAUAGGAAAGUUUCCUAUAAAUUAUAGAAGAGCUGAAUUAUUAAAUAAGUUUCCAACUUGGCUAAAUAAUGUUCCUUUAUUGAAUGUACAGAAGAUAUUUGAAAGAUUAUCUAAUCGCUAUAACUGUAUUUAUAAAAGUAUUUACAUUCAUUAGGUUUUUAGUAAAACAAAAAUAUGUGUACAUGUGUUUCAUAUUUUACAUUUUUAUUGUUUUAUUUUUCAUAUGUUGGUGGUUCUUGAAAUGUCUCUGUUUUCAGCUUUUUCUCUAUUUAAAACACUUUUGAACAAGUUUUGUUGUGGAUCGAAUAAUUUUUUUUAUGAGUCAGCAGAAAUAUGUUUUUCAGACUUUGGUUAAACAAACUGUCUACUUUUUAACUAACUCCUCUGGAAAUAGCAGAUCUGAUGUACAAACUUUGGAUAAUUUAAUGUUCCUGUUGUUGUAUAAUUGCAACAGCAGCUCCCUGAUAAAUGUGGAAGCUAAAUGAUAAUGUGGACCAAACGUGGAGAUGAGUCGAGGAGUUUAAGCUGCAUUGUGAGCAAAAUUAAACUGCAGUAAGCACUGUUUGACCAAAGAGGGCAGGACUGAGACGGGUUUAGGCAAAACAUUUACAGGAUCAUGUCAAAAUAUGCACAGAAAAUGACACAUGCAACACCUAAGGAUCGAUUCAGACUGUAAAAAAAAGAACCAAAACUUUCUUUUGUGUUACAUGUAAUGUCCUCACAGUCUUUAUAUUACUUUAUAUUCGCCAGUUUUUAAUUCCGAGUAUGUAUGGAGUACUGUUUUAGAUUUUAUUUUAAAAUGUUUGUAUUUGUUUGCUAUUUAUUUCAACACAACUUCACAGGUAUAAAUUUAGUUUUUUAUUUUAUUUUACUUUUUUAUUUUUGUAGUGACACAUUGGACCUUAAAUCACAAAAAAAAAACAAGUAGAAAAAAAUGUUAAGACAAGAAACUAUACACAUGUUAAAAGAAUAUUUUUAUAACUUAGAAUGAAAAUGUGGUUUGUCCAUUUCUAACAGCUGUACUGAAAUAUACAAAAUAACCCUUUUAUAACAUUUUACUUAUAAUAAAAUGGAGACAACUCCUCCUCUGUUUUCCUCUUAAAAAUGCCACCAGACUCUCUGUCGGGAAAAUCAGUUGACAGGACGAUCAGAGAGCGUCAAGAUGUUUCAUUAAAGGAUGCAGAUCCAGUAACCAUCAGAUCUGUCCUGAUAUGACGAGAUGUUGCAUUUCAUCAUUUCA